AUGAUCAGAGCAACGUUGUACCUUCUAAUGGUCGCGUCUGGUGCCACCACUCUCUCCGCCGACUCGAAUCCCGAGUAUGUGAAACAGUGUUCGAGAAGCGAUCCAAAGCUGAAAACCUGUCUGAUCGAUGCCCUGCACCAUCUGAGACCGUACUUGAGUGUUGGGAUACCGGAAAUCGAGUUGCCUUCCGUGGAACCGUUUCGCAUGGACGAGCUGACUCUCUCCCUGACAGGUGGUAUAAACGGUUACAAGGUACAACUGCGCGAAUUGUUCGUAAAGGGAGCGAGUAACUAUACUGUGGAGGACAUUAAACUUGGCUCACCCUUCGAAGCCAUUGUACGAAUGCCAGCCCUCAUCUUGGAUGCGCAUUAUUCCAGUUCUGGAGUGCUAAUUAUUCUACCAGCCAGUGGUAAUGGAACAUUUCACGCGCGAUUCGACGAUGUUAGAGCUCUAGUCAAAGGCACCGUCUCGACGAAAAUGCGAGAUGGAAAGACGUAUCUCAACGUGGAGAAUCUCGACGUUGUUCUGGACGUGAAGAACGUGCAAAUGAGGGUCCGCAAAAUUUUUAAUAACAAUCGGAUUCUCACGGAGGCAACCAACCUGUUUCUUCGAGAGAACGGACAAGAAGUGUUGAAGGUGAUGGAACCCCAGCUGAAAAGGAAGCUGUCGGUACUUUUCGCCGGCAUCGUCAAUCAAUUGUUACGUCACGUGCCAGUGGAAGUGUUUCUGCUGCCUUAAAUUUCACGUUUCUCCCUCGAUAUCUCGCGAGAGGAAGCAAAAAGAAAGAAACGAAAGACAAGCUGUUCGAAUUAUAGCACAUUCUACUUUGUACAUAGAGUUACAACACCACUAAUGAAUCAUAACUUGGGUCAUAUCAAGAGGAUAAAGAAAGGACAGUAUUGUUAC